ACACAACUUGUUCAGGAAUAAACUAUGUAAUAAUUAAGUAAAUUAGGCAGCAGUGUUAAAGAUAAAGUUAAAAUGAAAUUGGCAACAUCAACACAGGUGAUUUACGCUAAAAAGAAACGAAUGGUUCUAUGUUUUUUGCUUUUAGCAGGUAUGAUAUCAUCUCUUAUUGUGUAUUUCCCCUCAAGUAAAAGCAACCUCAUUGAAUACGCCAGGGCCGAAGAAUCAUCAUUAAGCCAGUAUUUUCAACAAGUGAAUUUUACAGAUUUUAAAAAUCGAGGCAAAACAGAAAACUAUCAGGAAGGCCAAAAUCAAAUGCCUCAAUCAGACCAAGUUUUGAACCUUCAGAGACAAGUACCUAAACCUUUAGAUUCAACGUAUCCUCGUGAACAUAUAUUAGUACAAUCAGAUAAUACUGAGAGCGAAAUACCAAAAUUGCCAAAUGACAGUAUUCUCAAACAUGUUUCUAAACUUCCAUAUAUGCAACCUGAAGACGAAGACGAUCCAAAAGGGGCAGUAGAUGAUCAGAAACAACAAUUUUCCCGCACUGUUAAUAUAUAUGACAUUUCGAAACCAAGUGUGUUUGAUCCGAACUCAUGUGUGAGAACUACGACGCCAAAGCGUUUCAUAAUUUGUACUUAUAGCAAAAUGGAAGAUAUAUAUGUUUCAGGCGAUAUACUCAAAUAUGGCCAAUGGGAAGGUGCAAUAACACGUCUGCUUUACAACAUAUUAAGUCAAGAUAGGCCAAUAACUUUUCUUGAUAUUGGAGCAAAUAUUGGAUACUUCAGCCUACUAGCAGCAGCUGCCGGGCAAUCUGUGAUAUCAGUGGAACCAACAAUACUUCAUAUACAAAAACUGACAAGUUCUAUCCAUGCAAAUAAGUUUGAAAACAAUAUUACAGUACUUAAUAAUGCUGUUUCCAAUGAAAGACGAACAGUCAAAAUGGAUGUGAGUAAUCGUACAAAUAAAGGGACAUUCCGACUUGUAUCUGAUAGCGAACAUUUAAAUAUGACUGAAUCUGUAACAGUCAAAAGUAUUCUCUUGGAUGACUUGGCAGAUUUAAUAUUUACACCAUAUAUUGUUUUGAAACUGGAUAUUGAAGGCCAUGAGUGUCGAGUACUUGAGAGAUCAGAACAUAUAUUUAACAGAUUCAAGGUUCUACUGAUCACCAUGGAAUGGAGGGGCAUGCAAAACCUUAAGAGUCAACCUGGUGUUGCAUGUCCAGAGCAAAAUAUCCAGUGGAUGGUAAAAAUGUUGACAAGGCGCGGUUUUGUGCCAUAUUCUUUUAUAGAUAAUCAACCUUUAAAUCCAAGAUAUAACGACAGAUGGGAUAAUAUUGAUGUAUAUUGGAAACCGAGGAUAGUUCAAAAUACUGGUUCCAACUAAUACUGACAUAUUCUUUAUCAUUUCAUCUUUUAUUGUUAUUAUUAUGGUAUUUUAUAGCAGUUCUUUAACUUAUUCGUGUACAUAAUCUACCUGAACGUUUUUGUUAUUAUAAUGAUUAGAUUUUUGUUACAUCGACACUGUCUUUCAUUUUAACAAAAUGCAUUUUUGAAUAUGUUUUUUAAUUAGAGGAAUAAACAAAAAAAUCAAUAAA